AUGGAACAACAAGUAGCAGAGGUGAAACAAGUGGUGAUGUAUCAAGAUCGACUCUACCAAGAGAGAAUGUUGAAAUUCGAAGAACGCAUUCAGCAGCUAUCAGAAUUUUGUUUGUAUUUGGCUCGUGCAAGUGGUCAUGCCUCUCCUUCAGUGGCGCUGGAUCCGUCUGAAAUGAUAGCCGUUCCCCUUGAAGUCCAAACCCUAGAGAAGGCUGCCGUCUCGCUCAAUAAAAUGACAAUGCCAUCUGACGGUGGUGAUACUGACUAUGAAAACCAGGCUGAAAACACGAAAGAUGUGGAUGCAGUAUUAGAAACAUACAAGGAUCGUAUCAAUACAAUCUAUGACUUUUACACAACCUCAUCGAUUGAGGCGUUCCACCCUACGAUGACUAUGACUCACUUUUCGCGUAUGCUAAAAGAUUGCCAACUUUGCGGGAUUUCUCAGGGAACUUCUGCCGAGUUACUCUGGAUGGCGGUGAUGCGCUCACUGAACAGAAAACAACACAAGCAGCUGGAGAACGUCCAGGUUCAAAACCGAGGUAUAACAUUGGGAAAGUACGUACCUACAUCACAACAGAAGAAGCUUUUUGCCUUUCAGCGCCUCGAGACAAUUCCAAAGGAAUUGUUUGGUGAGGCUAUUUAUCUUCUUGCAAUGGAGAAGCGUCGGUUACGACGACUUUCGGAUGGCACAAUACUUAGUGCUACAGUAAGUCCUUUAGAUGAAAAGCCGAAAGAUGUGUUUAUUGCCUUUUUGUUGUAUCACAUAUUUCCAUAUGUUGAUGCGGCUAUGGAGGGAAAGCAAGGAUCACAAGGCUUGCUUUCGCAUAUUGGCUUUAGUGGAAAUGGUGAAGACACUGAUGCGUCGCUUUCUAUGGAAACCACUUUGAUUGACUCAUACAAAACGGACGCUGUAGCGUCUAUCGUAAAAGAAUUUAUUGGACGCAUCAAAGAAAGUUAUACCACAGCCAUUAGGGCCGCACAAGGAUACCACGCCACUGUGAUGAACUUGGAUGGGUUUGUCGAGGUUGCCCGCCGACACGAAUUGUUGCCACUUAUUCGUAAGCCGGAUUUGCGUCGCAUUUUUCUUUACUGUUCUGCUAUAGAAAAGCGAGAGCAUGUAGAAACGGAGGACGGAGCUAUUUCUGUGGGAACGUUUCUGCUAGCUUUAAAUUACUUGGCGGACAGGAUCUAUGGUGAUUCUCUCAUGGGACAAAAAUUUCCUACUCCCGAGGCGCGAAUUAAAAAACUAUUCUCCAAAAUGUUUCUGCUCACUUAA